GGCACUGCGAGGCGGUGACCACGGCGCGAGGAGCGCGCUCGCCGCACCGUGACAUGAUCAUAGCUCGGCGCCGCGCCGCAGCCCGCGACCCGCAGCCGGUGGCGGCGCGCCCGAGCGCCCGCCGUCCGGCCCACGACGCCCGCGCCGCUAGCAGCCCGCGCUAGCUUGCUCUCUACCCGCCCAGUGCUCCAUACACCUGAAGCGAGCCCUUCAGCCCGUCUGAAACGACCCUCGUCGGAUGGAACCCGGAGUGCGCCGAUUCGCAUCAAGGUUAGCCGAAUAUUUGAAUGUGAGUGUAGUGCGCCGAGAGCCACGCCGCGCGCCCUAGCACCGUCGCCCCCAGUGUCGCGCGCACACCACACGCAGGACAGCGGCGGGAGCUAGCUCAGACAUGGGAAGUGAGCACUAUUGCCUAAGGUGGAACAAUCAUCAGAGCAACCUGCUGGGAGUGUUCAGCCAGCUACUGCACGACGAGAGCCUGGUCGACGUCACGCUUGCUUGCUCCGAAGGUGCCUCCAUAAGGGCUCAUAAGGUUGUGCUUUCUGCGUGCUCCUCGUACUUCCGUUCGCUGUUCGUGGACCACCCGUCGCGCCACCCCAUCGUCAUCCUCAAGGACGUGGGCUUGGCCGAGUUGCGCACGUUGGUCGACUUCAUGUACAAGGGCGAAGUCAACGUCCAGUACUGCCAACUGCCUGCUCUCCUCAAAACCGCUGAAAGUCUUCAGGUCAAAGGAUUAGCUGAAAUGACGACGUUAAGCGCAGCUGGUAUCGAUUCGCGAAACGUCCCGGAACCAAUGGAGGAGUGCCAACCACUCGACGCGACUAAGGAGUGUCCAGAACACAUGUCACACGAGAGAUUAGAAGCUAGAGAAUCGCGGGACAAAGAUGAGAGGCAGGCGAAGGACCCACGCGACAGGGAAAACAGAGAUAAUCGUGACAGAGAAAGUCACAGUCACAGUCGAGAAACCCGUGAGACACGGGACUCGCAUAGAGAACAAAAAGAACCCCGGGACUUAAGGUCACCCCGAGACUUUCGGGAAACUAGAGAAUCGAGAGAGCAUCGUGAGCUCAGAGAGCCUCGUGAUCUGCGGGAUCACCGGGACUCGCACUCGAGAGACAUGCGGGAGACGCGCGAGCGAGACAUUCGAGAAGCUCGCGGAGAGGCUCGAGAAAGUCGGGAUCCGAGAGAGGUCCCAGAAGCCUCUCCCCCUAGAAUGUCGCCGUUACUCUCAGUGCGGCGAUUUAGAACUGAAACUAGCAUGGAAACGCUAGCGCCCACGCAUCCUCCUAUCCCAAAAGACGAGCCGCCCGACGAGCCGAUGCGGCCGUCGUCGCCUGAAGACGAUGCCGUCUCAAUAAGAUCUAACGGGGCACAAAAUGAUAAUAGCGUUGGUAUAAACAUGACGAUAAACAGCCACGGGGGGGUCCUCGGUCCGCCGUAUUCACCAGUGGAUCAGAGGCUGAGCGUCCUGAAUGCCAUGCCUCACCCAGCGUUAGUCCACCCGUCACAUCCUGCGUUGUCAAGUCCAAGGAAUGAGCCUAUCGCCGGACCUUCUGGUCUUCCUCCAGUUCAACAAGUGCCCUUGUCACUGAAGAAGGAAGUUGAUUGGGAACGCAGUAAUGAAGACAAGGGUGGUGAAUCAUCUUCAGAUUACCGGCUUCAUGAGUCUAUGUGCCUGGACAUGUCGUGCGGGGCGGGUGGGACGGGAGGCGCGGCCCUGGGCGCGGGGUUGGGGGCGCGGCCGGCGGCGCUGCCGCUGUGGUCGCCGCUGCUAGCGCUGCAAGCGUGCCGCCUGCGCCGCUACCUUAGCGACGAUUGCAUGGCCUACCAGAGCCGUCACAUCCUGCACUCGGAGCGCCGCCGUUGCGGCGUCUGCCUCGCCUCCUUCCCGUCCACCUGGCUGCUGGAGCGCCACGCUGCGCUGCAGCACGCCUCGCAGGCCUCCUGCGACGACAAGCCCUUCGUCUGCGAGCAGUGCGGCCAGAGCUACCGGUACCGCUCAGCCUACGUGAAGCAUCGCGAGCAGAACCACCGCGCGCGCCUUCCCGCCGACAAACUCUUCACCUGCGAUGUUUGCGGCAUGCAGUUCCGUUACCUCAAGUCUUUCAAGAAACAUCGUCUCAAUCACACGCUCGAGAGACUCCACACGAAGAACACGGACGCACCCGAGGGUGCCGACCAAGUUUCCAGCACUAACGAAGCUUUAAUAGGUCAGUGCGGUGAAAUGGACCUGUCAAUGAAAAAGAAAAAUCGAACUGAAGGGACUCCGCCCAUUGAAGUGAUCCACGACGCCGAGCAAGACAGCACCGUUGACUCGAACGGUGCCACGGACUCUAUUGUUACGGUGGACGACUCCACCGACUGCAAAACGGUGAAUUCAGGUGCCGAGAGCGAGAGGAGGGACGACGACAUACCCGACGAGCGGAGACGCGUGCCCGUGUCUUUCGCAAGCGUCAGCUCUAUGGCGGACAGCUCUGAGAGCGAAUCGCGGGGCGACAGUAGCAAAAACGAGAGCUCCAGUUCGCAAUCCGGCAUUCUGGGAUUUCUACAGAACGACGACAGGCAGCGGGACAGGGAGAGGAGAUUCGCGUGCCCCUUCUGCGGGAAGUGCGUGAGGUCGAAGGAGAACCUGAAGCUGCACGUGAGGAAGCACACGGGCGAGCGGCCGUUCGUGUGCCUUUUCUGCGGGCGCGCGUUCGGCGGCAAGAGCGACUUGACGCGGCACCUGCGCAUCCACACGGGCGAGCGGCCCUACCACUGCGAGGCGUGCGGCAAGUGCUUCGCACGCGCCGACUACCUCUCCAAGCACCUCACCACACACGUGCACAACGCGCGCUGAUCUCCUAGGGCCCCCGCGGCUAACGACACCCUCGUAUAAUAACAGUAAAUGGGAAUAUUUUUUAAAGUUUUUAAACUUUACAACAUAAAUAUAAAUAAGCAGGUUUUAUUAAAAUACAGGACUUUCUUUUUGGAGUGACUUUUGUGUAGUCGACGACAUAAUUUUCUACUAUGAAAGUAUUGACUAUUUUGUUGUAAAGCAAUAAUAUACAUUCUUAUUACGGUGAUUUGAACAAUAUUUUAUUAUGUGGCAAGACUUGAGCUCGAAGGAAUGUGACAUGAAAAAUGGUAAUGGCAGCUACCUAGUUCCUUAAAAAAAUAUAUCAUUUGAGGGAUAUGGCACCCAUUUUGGAUCAGACUUAGAUCCCUAACUCCCUCCCUCGACUUAGCCUUUCUUUAUAAGUCUCCAAAUGUAAUGAGUAGGUAGCAUGAACAUCUCGCAUAACAUUGUCUGUCUGCCAAAGCGCUCUCUAAAGAGAGCUUGGCGUGCUGUUAACCUUAUAACAUUACUUAUGUGCAGAUCACAUUUGAUUACGCUCUAAUUCUGCUUACAUUGGUGCUCGUAACUAUUUUUGAAUCAACCGACACGUUAACUAGGUAGUAAGCGGUGUGCCAAACGGUUUUAACUUACCCGUAUCGCAAUAGUCCUCUGAUAAUGCCACUUUUACAUCGAGUCCCGUAUUUCUUGGUGCGAACAGAUAAGGUGCUGAGAUUCGCGCUUCGUUAUCAAAAAUUGCCGGGAAGUUCGUUUUGCCAUAUUUUUGUACGUUUAAUAUUUUUAAGAAUCGAAAACUCAUUCCAUUGAAGAGAAACUAGAUAAUUGGUAGUCGUGACGAUAGGUAAGUAGGAGAAUGCAAAAAGCUGUGAUUCGUACGAUUAAGACCAGUCAACAAGUUUUAGAACAUCGAAAAAAUGUUUUAUGUAAUUUAAUCUAAAGUAAUAUUAAUAUUUAGAUAUAAUUUAAUUGUAGGUUUAAGGAGUCUCUCUGUGCCAAAAUAUGUACCUCAUAAAAUAAACAUUGAAGUAGAUAAAUUAAUUAACAAAGGUUGUUUGUAAACAUUUUGUUUUAUAUUUCAUCGUUAUGUAAUGGUACACGUUUAAUAGAUAAUAGCGGCACCAUAUAACUAGAGGUAUUUCGUUAACUGAAAGGAUAACUUUAGCUUUUGUUCAUAUCUUUAUUUGUUUCUAAAGGACAACUUCAAAAUGUUAUUAACAAUAAACGUGUACCUAAUAUUUAAAUGGUAUCUAACAAACCAACCAUUUUUCUUAUUUUAUUACAUUUUUACAGGAAAACAGAAUUAUACACUCAAUCUAAUUUGUCUACUUUACUAUCUAAUUAUAGACCGAGGCGUCUAUGAACAAUUUUCUUAGAGGAAAAAAACAUAAGAUUCGAAUAUUUUUCUUUCUUAGAAUAAUUUUAAAAGGAUGGCUCGACAGUUGACUUAGGUGAAUUAAUCCGCAAAAUAUUUCACCCUCCGACGGAAACGUCACCCUCUUCUAGUUGGUAGGAGACGAAUUAUCAAUGAUACUAUUAUCGGAUGAGUCGAUACCUAGGUCAUACGGGUGUAGUAUUCGGCUAAAAUAAAAAUUAAAAAUGCUUUUAAUUUGGAAUUAUUACGAUAAUGGACACUCACGGAUGAUUCGUCUCCUAACAAUUUAAAGAGGGUGACGUAUUAUCCAAGCAUGAAAUGUUUUGCGGAUGAAUAGUUACCUAACUCUAAUAGUUACCUAUAAAUGAAUCUUGAAGAUUUUAAUGUCUUGAAUACUGCCACUCAACGGUCUAUUUUUGGUUUCAUCCAUAACAUUGCAGAUUUGUGAAAUAAAUUAUUUAUUUAUAUAUACCAUAUAAAAUACUUUAUUAUAUAUUUGAAAAAAAAAAUACUUGUCCGCAACGGAAACGGUACUAUUUUUCGAUAUGUAAGUUUUAAUUUAACAUACCUACCUAAUUGUAUAACAAUACGUAUUAUUUAUUGUUCAUUUCAUCACACGAACGCGUGUUUCUAUUUUUUUAAUCGGCCUGUAUAUAAAGAAGAAUAGUUUAACAAAUGGUCAGUAAAUUAUAAAUUUUCUGCGUAUUUUUAAGGUAAUAUUUAACUUGCGGGCCAGUAUUUUUAUUAUAUUUACAGUGACGUGAAUACCAACAUAAGAUCCUUCUAAUCAUAACAAAUAAAAUAGUGAUGCAACGAAACUAGCUACAGAAUAUUUCAAUGGAAAUUAUUAAAAAAUCUAUUUUACAUCUGAAUAAGUUGUUAAAUAUUUAUAACAGACCAUUCUUGGGUAAGGAUUUUAACCUUUGUUUUUAUUUUAUUUGUUGAUUAAUUGUUAUACAUAGGACAGAUUAAUAUAAAUGUAUGAUAUUUUAUAAUAAAUUAUAAUAUGACUUUGCCAGAGGGAUAUAAGUGAAUAGGUAGUCGAAAACUUUUAGUAUAAACGACAAGCAAUACUCUGAUUUUUAUUUUUUUCUAUCGAAAUACUCUUAAGGGCAUUACAGCGUGGAUGCAAAAACUAGACACAGACUCAGUGCGCUAGAGGUAUUUUCCGUGUUGGUUUUCGAAUCCCUGUACAUCGGUAGUGAGUGUUCUCUGAAAGAGACUAGAUUAUUUUUUAUAAUCCGGUGGAUAGUUUUUGUGUUCACCUGUUUAUACAAACAUACCAUCGAAGUAAAUGUGUAUAAUGUAGAUAUUUCGCCAUUACGUCAAAUUUAUAAUAUAAAUAUUAUUCAAAAUUGAUGUUGACUGUUUUUAUAAUUAUAUCAGCUGUAGUUACUUGAUGUUGUGGUGUAAAUUUAGUGUCUUAUAUAGAUUUAAGGUCAUAAACCACUCAAAGUCCUCAGAAGUCUGCCCUCUACCUAUAGCGUAAGUGUUGACUUGUUAUUAAUUUCACAAAGAAACCCGUUUUCAUAUUUGGAAUAAAAGGUAAAUUAAGACAAUCCGGCGGCUUUGGGUGGUUCAUUAUUUUGGAUUCUCGUAGUGUUAAAAUUGGUGUGGUAUUCUUUAAAUCCGUUCAUAUAACAUUAACUUUAAUAUUACACAGGUUCAUCAGAUACAUGAAUGUUCAGAGCACAGCAUUGGUUUGUAAAUAAAUACGCAAGUGCUAACUGGUCAAAUGUGAUAAAAUUAGAGUUUAAGUGAACGACAUAUAUGUAUUAUCGGUUCAUUUCAACAUUGUAAAAAAAUACUGGCGACAUUUUCAGUAAUUAUUACAGAUUUCUUUAAAAGUCGAGAGCUAGAACAUAUCUUAGAUUUUAUUUUAAUGUGGACACAGACAUAGGUGGUUUCAUAGAGGAGAACAUGCAACGUACGAACAAUAAUUGUUUUAACGACAACUGUGAGCUUAGGGCAUUAUUGUAAACUUAUUUUAUUUAUACUUCGGAGGACUUCCAAGCGAGAGAGUUUUCGGAGAGUUAGGUAGUGAUUAUACUCACCGGAUUGCUAAUAAUGUUAUAACAACGCACAAUUUUACCACUUUACAAAGCGUUUAUAUCUCCGUCCAAUAAUGUUAUGUAUGUGUUAUGGUGUUUCGGUUAACUUUACUGAUGUUUCUGAAACUUUAGAACUUUCUGCUGCCGAUUGUGUGUAUUGGAUCUUAGCACGAUUGCAAGAUGUAAUAUUGCUAUGUUAUGCAGCUGACGCGUCAAUUAUCACCUAAUGUCCCUCACAGUUUGUAACAUAGCAGUGAUCUGGUAAGACCACGACAUUAUUUUGUGUGUUUACAUAUUCUAUUUCAUUAUAAUUAUAAGCACACGAAGCAGAUAAACAAUUGUGAGCAAUACGGAAACAACGUUUAGUGACGAAGUAAUUAGAUGGAAGUCAUCGUUAGAGGCUGAAAUUGUUAGAAGAAUAGGCGAAAACUUAGUUUAUUGAAUGUAGGAAAUAUAAAAUUUCUAUGGUGAUUGCAAUGAUUGUGAUAUUACUAUAAGUCGGGCAAUGAACGAUGUAGUGAAGGCAAGGCGCGAACGUACGAAGUCUCUCCAGAACCUAGCCAACGACGAACGAACGUAGACUGAUUUUCAGGUAGAAUAACAUAGACCACGAGUUGCGCAGUCCGUAAUUAAUAAUAUGCGUAUAGUUGUUGAUUUCAUAAAUUUUAAAAGCCAAAACACUGUCUCAAUAGUUAAACAAAUAAAACAAUAAGAGAAUUAUUUAAUUUUUAAACAUAACUUAUACAGAAUUUUUUAUAUACCAAUAUUACCAAUUUUAAAUUAUUUUUCAGAUGUAUUGAUUUUUAUACAUCUCCAUAUACAACAAUGAAUAUAGGUAAGCGUAGUUAUCGUAGAUGGGUCUAUUAACCGCGUGGUGCUACAAUGUGUAAUGAUAUGUGAUAGAAACUGUUCUUCAGAGACAUUUUAUUUAUUGAAGCUUCCAUAGAUAAGAGUUAAAGUUACAUUACACUAUGAUAAUAUACAUACAAGUCAGCAAUAAUUGGUAGUAAGGAAUAAUUUUAUCCAUAUGAAUAAAAAAGUGGGUUGGUCCUAAUGUGUCCAUUACAAUCACAAACCAAAGUACUACAAUAAUAUUGGUGACGUUCGGGAAGCUUUGGUGGAUAACUUUUUAAUAAAUUAUUUUACAAUCUGGUGUCAACCAGGAUCGUCAUUGGAAUAUAGGCCUGUCCUCUGGAUAGUCACACUUUGAGGAGUCCUGAUGAUGUGAACCAUGGUAAUAACAUGGAGACACUGUUAGAUAUGAAACUGAAAGUUUGAAAUUUUAGGUUUCAACUUCAGAUACUGUUUUCGCAAAUUCAAAUGCAAUAAGUACUUAGUACGAAUUUCAAUCCAUGGGUUAUUGCAUACGAAUCUACUAAUUUUGGUUUUUGAAAGUAUCUCAUACCUACCUAUAAGAUGUAUUUUUGUGCGAAAACAGAUAUCUCGUGUUGAAAAUAAAUAAUAAUUGUACAGGUGAUGUUAUUUUGGCCUUAUGUAUUAUACAUUUUUGUAAUAAAUUGUACGUAAAAAGGUCAUUAAAAUGUCGUAUCUAAGUUAUUCAAAAGAACACGGUUCUACACAUUUUACAGGGUUUUUGUUGAAAAAUUUGUACUUGGUUUAUGUAUUUGCAUCAUUUUAACCAGAAGCUAGUUGAUAGUACAUACCUACUGUUACAUAAAUAUAUUUUUUUUACUUGUAUAUUUCAGAUAAUUAUUAUUGUUACAGAGAUAGUCUGUUUUAUAUUUUUAACACAUUAACUUAAACAUACUGUGUAUUUCACGACUUUCGUUUACAGCGUAAUAAACUUGCCUCUGGUCCAUUUAUUUCAGAUAUCUUGUCCAUUGUCCAAAUUAACUUAGGCAUAGUUCCAUAUUUUGGAUGUAUAUUAUACCAUGAUCUAAAUUAAAUGCUAUUGUGUAUAUUAUUUCAUUUAAUAUCGAUGUGCAAAAUUAUAGUAAAUGUCUUGGAUCUCUAAAAAUAAAAAAAAGACAAAAAUACUUUACGAAAUUUCUAAAUGUGCAAUAAAUAUGUGUGUUGUAGUGUUACCAUUAGGCGUAAAAUUUUAGCUAGGAAAAUAUAGUUACCGACACCUGAGAACAAUUAAUAUAUUGUUCCCUUUAAAUAUUGUACGAAUGUUUAAUAUUGCAAUGAUCUCAUCAUUAUAAGCUAUGGGUAACUAUAUUUUUAAAGCAAUUAAAUGAAUAUUUGGCACUUUAAAAAAGGCACAUUUUCCUAUUAUAAUUGAAACAAUGGUUUGAAAACGUGUUGAAGAAAUGGAUUUGUUGGUAAUUAAUUUCGUAAUGAAAUAUAUUUGUUUCAUGAA